UAUGACAAAGCAGUUUUAUAUUUGCAUAUACUUUGCAUGUAAAAACUGGAAUUUCCCACAUGGGAUAAUGAUUAGUCAGAGGGUUUCUGGUCAUGAAGGCCUGGAAAACUGCUGUGAGAAAAGAGAAAUAAAGCCAUUUCUUAAACGAAAAAAAAAAAAAAGAGAGAGGUUAAAAGUACUAUGAAGUAAAAUAGAAUAAAAAAUGCAAAUCACUACUUUUUAAUGGCAUCAGCAAAAAGCUGCAAUGUCAGAGGAUGCUCACCACGAGCUGCAAGUUUCUUGACACCUGCAUUUUAUCUUCUAACGAUCUGUUUGCAAAGAAAAAAGAUGUGAUGAUAUGUGUGGGCUUUGAAGAAGGGGUUGGGGGAUGAAAAAAAUAUCAGUCCUUAUCAAACCUCAGAUCUAGUUUCUGUCUUCCUCUAACUGUACAUACUACAAAGUAUUUAUAAAGGGUAGGCAGAUAACUGACUCAGACAUCUGCAACAACUCGACAUCAAAAGCUGCAAAUCAUCUUUAAAAAUCAUGAGGACAUCUUGUGUGUGUCUGGUUCUUGGGCUGGUCCUGCUGGUGGCCUGGACUUCUGAGGCUCAGCCUCAAGCGCCAGCAAUCCCUGAAAAAUGCUGUUUCAACUUCAUUGACUUCCCAAUUCCACGCAACAGAAUUGUGAGUGCUGUGCAGACAAGCAUCGAUUGCCCCGUCAAAGCUUAUCUGGUUACAACACACAAGGGUGAAUUUUGUGUGCAACCAGAUGCGCCUUGGCUAAAGAAGGUCCUUUAGUGGGAGCUCCUGCCAUUGAAUAUGCAACACCUGAAUUAUACCAUGCAGCACUUAAUACAGCUGUUCCUUCUUAUGAAAUGUAUUUGAGUUUUUGCUAAAUAAAUUGCAAUACAUUGCUAAACACAAUCUUUUAAGUUUUAAAACUUUACUUUUGUAUUAAUCUGUUCUGAAUUGUAAAAGCUGAAAAUGCAAAUGAUUAUUAAAAUGCAUGGAGAUUAUGCCGUGUCUUGAAUGUGUGCAUCUUAGCAUAAAUACUGAAAGGGAAAGACCAUAUGACUAUUGGAUUUAGCAUAACAUCUCAUGUUUAAUAAUGAACAGUUAGGCUAAAAGAAUAACAGACAUCGAUAUCAUAAAGAAAAAACUAUUGAAAAUUGAAAACAGUAUACAUAUACAAAUAAUAAUAAACAUGUCUAGAGAGCCAUGUUCAAGUCUACUAUUAAAAAGAGGCGAAGAGUGGUUAAAAAUUCUCUCUGUUCCCCCUCCAAAUACGGGUUCAACAAAAAAUCCCAAACUAUUCAAAGAGUUCAGAGCAUCUGUGUGACUUAGCAAUCUACAACAGGAAUAACUGAGUGUUUUAACUUGCAUAAUGACAAACGUACUAAAUAAAUGUAGUAUGAAGCAUAAAAAGACUAAAAAGGACGUUUGCAAUGGGUAGGUUGAGUGUUUUGUGCACUGGCCGGUCCGUUGCUAGUAGAUGCAAGCUAGUGAGAAUGUGACGCUUGAUUGGCAACAAAUUGCAAACUUGACUGCUCUGUUUGGCAUAUAAUAGACCUAAAGCCUGCAUGCUAUCAAUCGAACUAUCCUACAGAAACUAAGAGACUUAGAUUCUCAUGAACAUAUUUGGAAUAUAGAGUGAGUUUAUUAAAAAAGGUCCAAGUUCAGGAGUUCAAGUUGAUGUGUGGGUAGAUGUCAAAAAAAAAUAAAAAAUCUAUAAAAUAAUAUUGGUGUAGAUUACAAAACUCACUGAAGUUAAAAGAAUACUUCACCCCAAAAUAAAAACACUUGCAUCAUGUACUCACCCUCAUGCUGUUGCAAAUCUGUUGAAUUCCAUUGUAUGGAAAAAGGAUGCAAUGAAAAGUGAACGGUGAAUGAGGCAUUCAACCCAAAAUUUCCUUUUUUGUUCCACAAGAAAGUCAAACAGGUUUGGGACAACAUAAGUGUGAGUAAACGAUGACAUUUAAAUUUGUGGGUGAACUGUCCUUUUAAAAUAUGCUCUGAUCUACAACCUGCCAUACUGGUAGAAGCCUAAGUCCCAACCAUUAUAUGAAACAAACCAUAACUGGUCUCAGAUCAGCUUGGAAAUUGACAUUUUUGACAAUCUCUUCACAAUAAUAAUAAUAAUAAUAAUAAAAACACAUCAGGAAUAAAAAAAAAAAAAAAAAAGAAAAUAACAAAAA